AUAUAUACACUUGUUAAGACUCUGAUAUCUGUAAUGAUAUACAAUAGGGUUUCCCCAGUAUCCUCAGUUUUUAUGAACCAGCCUAUAAACACUGAAAACAAUUGGCCUAAUUGCCUGUUUGUCGAAGCUGUUCUAUAAAUAGGAAAGUCAUCUGUCUGUUAACCCGAUGGGGUGUAUACUUUAGGGCUUGUUAGUAGAUUUUAUUGAUGGUUAUAGGAACUCCUACUUCCAGCCCAAACUGGAAAAAACAACUGAGAAUACCUGUUACUUAAACAUAAAUUGUAUAAUGAACCUCUCCUGUAAUCAGAUUUUUUACUCAAUUUUAAAUAAGAUUAGGGAGGUGUGCACGUGUGCUGCCUUGAAUUGCAAUUGUAGUAUAUUAUGUGCACUUCACGUGUAAUCGGGAAUUAGCCAGGCAAAUAUGAUGAGAUUUAACAGCCUCGAAGGUGGCAGAGAUUAAACGAAACGGAGCAGACAAAUGUUUUCCCUCAUUUCCACUUGGCAAAUCAAUAAACUGAAUUCAUACAGAUAGACAGCCGAAGGAGAUACUUGUGCAUACGUUUAUUGCUCAGAUAAAUUCCCCCCAGGGUGGUAAAAACUCAUAAAAAAAAUAUUUAUAAAAAAAAAGUGUGUUUUUUUAAUCAAUAUUUGAACAACAAAUCAGCAAUGCGAGCAGGCCGUAUCUGCGAGAUACAAUUUUCUACAAAAACCCGAACGAGCUGCCAGAAGAUGCGUAAGCCGAAUUAACACCGAUGCGUUAACACAAUUAGUUGAAAAGUGAAAAACGACAUAAAGUAGGGGCUGGAGAUAAAAUAUAAAAAAAAGAUCGAAUCUAUAUGCCAGGCCGGGAGUGCCGACAAAAAGCGAUCCAACAAAUUUGCAACUUUACACUCGCUGGGGCCUUUCAGUCGCGAAAUGAAGCUCCAGCAUCGCGGCUGAGUCGAAGAAAAAUAGACAUAUGUCUCGCAGCUGAAUAUAGAAAAGUGAUAAAAUAAAAAAUAAAUAAAUAUUUUAAAAAUUAAUACAACGAAGAUUAAAGUGUUCUAAGCCAUGGCCGAAAUACUGAAAGCAUUGAAUAUAACGGGCAACCUGCUGGCAGGCCUCGAAGACAGCAGCCAUGAAUCGGGGUUCAAUCACACAACUUCCCCUGCCACCGAUGCUGGCGGCCUCAAUGCCACUGCCACCUUGAAUGCCACCACCAGCGGCAGUGGCGAAAAACUCGAUCUGGGCGGCUUCGAUCUGCCAGGGAACUACUCCAUACUCAUUAACAAACUGGAGCAGCUGGCCUUGGGCCUGGAUUCGGCGCUCGGCAACUUCACCAUCGACCGCCAGGAGGUGGAGAUCAACCUGAGUGGCGCCGCCUCGGCCAAUGAUGUGGCAGAUGUGGCGGAUGAUCUCUUCAACGACGUCCUUCCAGCAGCUAGAUCCCCCACACCCCACAUAGCCCAUGGAUCCAGGAUAUACACGGGCGACGAUGAAAAGGACUUUGCCCAUGUGGUCAGCGAUAUUUGGAUAGGCGUCAUCCUGACCCUCCUCAUCGUCUUUGUGAUAUUCUUCAUUUGUGCUUGCUUUGUCUACCACAAGUUCCAGCAGUGGAAGAAUUCAUAUCGUGCCAAUCACAGUGAUGCCACAAUCGAAAUCUGUCGCCGUUGCCCGCCAGACUAUGAGGCAGAAUCCCUACCCUCGUACACUAUUGUUUCCGGGCUGCCCACCUACGACGAUGCUCUCGAGGAGUUCCGUAAGGCCGGCAUCAUCCUCACCCCGGCCGUAGUGCCCAUCAUCAAGAUAUUCGAGUGCAACGAAAACGGCGGCAAGGAGCCAGCCGUGGGAUACAGUUUGGUGGAGACCAAUGUACCUGGUCUAGAUGGUGGGGCAGCGGACACUGUCUCCAUAGCCUCGACCACCUGCAAUUGCGGCAACUCCUCGCCCACGUCCUCGCUGCCCAGCUAUAGCGCCGCCACCGCAGCUGCCAUGGCGGUGGCUGCAGCUGCCCCGCCCCAAGUGAUCGAACUGUCUCCGGAACACCUCGCCUCCUUGUCGCAGAAGCGUCUCUCUCUCCAGAUCUCAUUCAACAACUCGGUGCGCCGCCAAUCUCCAUCCGGGGCAGCCCUACGGAAUCAUCUUCUUCGCUCGCGCGCCGUGGGGAACACCGCUGGAAUGGGUCCUCUGGAGGCUGGUUCCGGUGCUAUUGCGGUGGUGGCUGGUCACGGGUCAGGGGGUGCUGGUGCCCAGAUCCUGCCCGCCCUGCACCGCUCCUCGUCCACGCUCUCCCUGUCCAAUGAGCGCCAGUUGCUGGAUCAACGUCUCAGGCACCUGCAUCAUCGUGGCUCCCUUUACUGAGAGCAGACCUUGAGGGUCCCAACUGCCUGGUUAUUCCUUCCUAAAUCGUAUUCCUUACAUAAUCCCAAGAGUUGUUAGAUUUAGGCCACAUGCAAUAAAUAUUUGUUAUUUUUUAA